AGCAAUUGACACUAUUGGGCUGUGACAGGAUGACAAUAAUUCCGAUGAAACCAAACAUGUUCUCAUUGGAGGAAGUUUCAUAUCACAACGACGUGUCUUCCUGUUGGAUUGUAAUUCAGGAUAAAGUGUAUGAUUUGACUAACUUUUUGUACGAGGUAAAACUCCGAGUUGAACUCGUAAAUUUUUAAAUAUAUCAAACAUUUUUGUCUCCGAACGAUUUUUUCGGAAUGGUAAACAUUUUUAGAGAAGUCGUGCUGAGAGGAACUUAGUUCCAUGCACGUCGACAGUUGCGGUGACCCUUAAUGAAAACUACUGCUCUGUAGACCCAAAUUACACAAUGUCUAUUACCUGCGAAAUUGAUGAUAACCACUUGGUUAGCAAUAUCAAUUUUCGUGCUCAGUUCUUCAGAGAAAAACUUAUGACACCCGACCAGAUAUAAUGAAUAAUUGCAAAAUACAAUUUUUGAAGUUUUUAAAGUAUAGGAGUAAUUAAUCCAGUUGUUGGUAGUGCAGCCUGUAACGGCAGAAAACGUUAUCUUUCCAGCUCGAAAUGAUACUGUUUAUUAGCUUACAGUAAUAGUGGCAGGUUGAAACUAAAAACAUAAAUAAGAUUUAAGUUAAUUAAUUAAGAUAAACAAUCUACAAACAAAAAAUCAAGACAAACAAAGCGAAACGAAAAAAUAUUUACACCCAAUAUAUAAUUGUAAAAUCGACUUUUAAAACAGAGAACUGCGCCAAGCUUGACUUAAGGUAAACUAAGAUAAUAUCAACUCCUGAGGUAAAUUGACUUUAUAGUGAUUAUGCUAAAAGAAACUGGCUUUAAAUACAAGAGGACUGCGAAAUAACGUGUGGUAUGAGAAACGUGCGAAAAAGGUGUACCUGACUAAGAAAAACGCAAACAAACGUAACAAAAAACAUUAACGAUGAGGUAUGAAAAAAUAUAAGACGAAAUAAAUAAAUACCUAUUACACGAAAAAUGACUAGCAAGCGCUUAGAUCUUGCAAAGCCUUUGGUUGAAGAUUUUUAGCUCCCACUUGUCACACCGAUUUUAAUUAUAGUCCAGUAUUAACCUAAAAGAAGUGUUAUACAUCAUUGUUUCAGCAUCCUGGAGGACUUGAAAUAAUAUUGGAACAUGCAGGUGAGUGAAUAGCUGAUUCUACUCUUUUGGAUUUUCCAAAUCUUUAAUAUUUGGUUUAAUCCAAGGGUUGGGAACACAGCUGCUAACUUUUCGGUCGUUAUGGGGAGCUAGGCAUAAGAGAUCCUCUUCUGGUAUUUUUCACUUUCGAAAAUAUGCGUAAGUGUAGUAUUUCACUAGACUCAGCUCCGAAAUGAAUGACACUAAGCAUUUUCAAAACUGUUGCAGGUAUGGAUGCAACCACCGUAUUCCACGACAUAGGUCACUCGACGGAAGCCAAAAAGAUUCUAUCGAAAUACUUUAUUGGAGAGCUUAGAGAGGUUAAUUACUAUAUACGUGACAUAAAGUUUUAAAAAAUGUUCAUUCCACCAACUUUGCUACACGUUGCGUGGUUGCUCCAAUUUUGCAAGGAUGGUCAGGCUUUUUUCCCGGUGAACUCGAUAAUAUCAAUAAAAGAACAAAAUAGUUAGGAUACCAUACUUCCUUAUUUUAUUUCAUCGACGGUUAAAAGGAAAAAAGUGGCCUAUACGAGUUUUUCAAUUGAUUUCCAUAGUUUUCCAAAAGCAACCCCUUGAGAGGAGGGACGAAAAACACUGACAUCAUGGGAUGUAUCUAAUCGGGACCCCCCUAGAUUGAAUGGUAUUUAACCGGCUAACGGAUUGUGGGUAAGGAAAAGAUUGUUAACAGUGGAGUUGAUCGUCCUCUUUCCAACAGUGAUCCUUGUGGCUCUUAGAGCUUUCAUCUCGUAGUCCACUUGGUAGUUUAUCGUCUUAGUGUGGAGGAAAUAUAAAUAAUUUGAUUUAGCAAUCAUCAUAUUGCUCCCUGAAGGCGCUUUGGAAAUUAUCUGUGAAUAGUUCCGUUAGGUAACGAUCAUUUGCCUCGUUGCAGACCGACAGAAUCUACAAUGACAAGCCCAAGCCUUAACGGACAAACAAAGGUGAUAAGCUGCAAUGAUUACAAGGACGAUCAUUAGAGAUAUCAUAUGUUCUCACGAUUACGAGAACAUAUGCGAUAACUUUAAGGAAGCUCCGUUUCUGACGUUUGAGUCCAUUUUAGCGUCAUCAUAAUAAAGAACUCUCGAUCUCUCAUUAAAAUUAGGCUGGAUUUUGAUGAAGGUGAAAAUGUCCUAACCUUAUUCCAUCAAAGAGUCUACUAGUGGCAGUGAACGGGGGGGGGGGGGGAGGGGGAGAAGGGAGGAAUCAGGGAAGAAUCCCAGUGGACAUACUAGUCGAAACUUUAACCAACCGCUGAUGGAGACCCAUCUGGAUGUAACUUGCGUUCUAUUUCAUUCCUCGAACUUUGAAAAUUUCCUUUCCUAAUUUUCCAUAGAGUCUUCAUAUUUGUUUAUUGUGCAUAUAUCAAAAUAACGACAUUUCCUAUGACGAAAGCUGUGUAGCAUGAAAACUGCAAUUUUAUUUUGCGGAUUGGCAAAUUUUUGUCUUUUGCAGUUAAAACGUCCGUUCGAGAUGACUGAAAUUCCGAUGCAGGUAACUAUUUUUGCAAAUGUUUUUGAAACAGCAGAACAGCAGCAUUUGGGGAAAUUUAAUAUUGUUAAAUUUCCCAAAAUAUUUCCCGCGAGUUGGAAAACGGAGGGUGAGGACUUACCUCCCCCCAGCUUCAAUAAACAAAGACCAACUCGGCGAAAAGCGCAAACAACGUUGUUAUGUUGACUUUGAUUUUCACUUGUACUAGUUACAAUCAUGGCACAUAUGUUGAAAAAAGGGGAAAAGCUUUCGAGGUUUUACAUAGCACCUCUGUCGAUAGACUUUAAUUCUCCUCGAUCUGGUCUUUUGUUCCCUUUCUGUGACAAUUCUUCCUCGUCUUUCAUUCUCACGACCAGUUACACGUAGCAAUAGGCUUUCACAAUUCCCACGAUAUUAGCGUUGACUUCAGUGUGAGUGAGAGGUUGGCGGUGUCUUUCAAAUUUCGACUGUAAAUGUCUUUUCUGUUUUUACCAAAUUGUUGCUCAUACAAUUAAAAGUAUUUCUCGUUGAAAAUAAUUUCCGCAUAUGGCAGCUUAAAGUUUACGGAUCGCUUGGCUCAAUUAACAUUACUUGAUGUUCAUCUGUUGUUGAAAGGAUGCUGGAUAGCUUACUCGAUUUACAAAUUUUUAACCUAAAAUUAUGUUGUUAAUCUUUAGGAACUAACAAGAAAACACUACAGAUGAUGAUGCGUUUGGCAACCUGGGAAUACGACAAGUCUAUUUUCCGUAGGUGCGAAGAACAAUGGAAGUGAUUCUUCUUUGUGAAAGAAGUUAAACCCUUAAGAACUUACUCUGAAGACAAAGCCAGUCAUACCCACUUUGUCUUCUUCCGGCAAUCCCUACGGGGGCAGUGACAUGAGAAUAAAAAAGAGCCUGGGAAUGAGGUUGACUGCUAAUGCACAAAACACUCCACAAGAUAGAGCGAUGUCAGUUUUAUUGCUACGAGAUAUCUGUAAUUUGGACUCAAGUUUUACUUAGGCUAAGUUUGGUCCUUGAGAAAUCUGAUCGUUAAAUCGAGCAAAAACAGGCUAGCUUUCAAAGUAAGAAAAGCUUUUCAAUAAAUGUUGUUUGUUUGAACUACUGCUUUGACUACCUGUAGGUUAACCAUUCAAUUUUACAGAUCAAAUGACAUCCUUUUGUUACUAGAAAGUAAUGUAAAACUGCAAACCUAGAUUAGCAUGUAAAUGUUUAAGUUUAAAAUUGAUGGGCACAAAAACUGUCAGGAAUG